CAUUCUUGCAGCCAUUGAGAACUACUGUGUGAGCUGAUCCAAGCUUGUCACAUGGUACAAGGCUGUUGUGAAUAGACUUGUACCAUGUGACCUCUGUGAUCAUUCACAGAUUUCACACGUAGUAAGCAAUGAUGUCAGAAGUGACAUCUUGCUUACUACUCUGCAUAAGACACAGCGGGCACCGGAUCGCGGUGCUGCAUGCUCCCAGGGAGCAGGCACAAGCAGGGGGCAGGGAGGCCGUUUAUAAACGGCCACCCGACACUGCACUGCCA